CUAUUGGGUGGUACUAACCUGAACCCAUAGUAAAUCACAUUAGAUUUGCUCCACACCCGAUCACACGCGGCCUCAGCCGCAGCCGAACACUCUAGAAACGUCUAGUACGUUCCAACUGCGUCAGUGGCGGCCAUUCUUAUCCCGGGAUACCGCAACAAGAUCCGGAGUAGAGUCCACAUCAUACGAGAGGCGUUUGCAUUACUUGUUAGUGGGCAGCAUACAUUCCCCUUCAUUUGCAGGCGGGCAUUGCCAUUCUUUUCCCGUGACUGUUUUAUCUACGAACAAGAAGCGCACUUCACGUCGAGACAUGCAUCCAGCAACUUGCCAAGUGGUACGACAAGGAGGGACUGCGUUUUUUAUAGGAGUUCUGCGUUGCAAGGACAGCAAAGACCUUAAAAUCGAUUUUGAUAAAACCAAGUGUGGUUUUAGUUGUCUUGCAGGAACCGACGAUGUCAGACAUGAGAACGAAAUGGACCUUUUUGAAGCUUAUCGAUGAAAAUGAAUCCAAACAUAAACGCACAGACCGCUCAGUGUUGUUAUAUCUAAAAAAGGCACAGCCAGGGAAGCCAUGGCCGAGGCUAAAAAAGAGAAGGCUAAGCUGACUUGGCUCAGUGUCGACUUCAACAACUGGAAAGACUGGGAGGACGACUCAGAUGAGGAGAUGGGCAACUUUGAUCAAUUCUCAGAUAUGAUGAACACCAUGGGAGGUGAGGAGGACAUCCCUGAUCUAGACGGUGGUGCAGAAGAUGAUGAGUCCGCAGAUAGCGAUGAUGAGAAAAUGCCAGACUUGGAAUAGAAGACUGUAAGACUCUAGAAAGCAAAUGAAAGAACAGAAGGCAAGAGGAAUCAUAACAAAUGUAUAUCUUGAAACCGAAGGCAGUGACAAACAACUGUACAUAUGAGUCAGUAGCCAUAUUUAAAUCCAUAGCCUCAGCUCCAAACUCUUGACCGAUCAGUACACUGAAGGUUGAUAUGCAUGGUAUUGUACAGCAGCUAUCUCCACUUCCAUUUGCUGUACUGCACCUUUUGGGUAUCUUGUUUUACUGUUAAAAUAAGUAAGCACACACUAUUUGUUUGAAAAGCUGUGUAGUUGUCCUAAACUGAGCAAUAUGUGUUUAAGACGAGUUACAAUUUGUUUUCAAAUUUAAUUGUGGUUUAAAAAAUGAUUAGGCCCACCCAUUCCCAAUGUUGUGGUUAUAAGUAAGUCGACCAGUGUAGUUUAUCUCUUGAUUCAAAAGACACUAGCUAUGUACAUUUACAAUUAGAUGAUUUACUGAUUGGGUUCCUCUAAAGCCUUCCAUGUGCGUGAAUUAGAUAUCAAGGAAGCCAGCCGUAUGUUAUUUGUGUGGCUUAACCUUCCAGCUUACAUGUUUCCUUUUACUUCUCGUUUAAUGUUUGUAAAAUUGGAAUAUUCUGAAAUCAUGCUCAGCAUCUUCCCAGUUUAUCACCUACUUUGGUUAUCUGAAUGAAUUCCACAUAUUUAGUAUCUUAACUGUUCCUCUCUCCAUACCCACCUAACAUGCAUACCUUUGUUGGACUGCAGAAGCAAGGCUAAAUGUUUUGCAACUGAUAACGAGGCUUUGAAGCUUUGUCGGGCCUAAGCAUCAUUUGGUGUGUUGCUGUUCUCCAGGUUCUUUCCGUUUGUUCAUCAAGUAUGAUCCUCCCUUCUCAGUGGGGGCGUGUCCGAACGAUACCACGUGUAAUGACCAAAUUAUAUUUGCACUGUCAAUAAAAUGUAAGGGGAGACAAAUGUUGAAUUACAGUGGAAAUUCUUUUUUUAUUGUCUACAUCUUUCUAAUAAACUGUUUAAGAAUCA